AACAUCAUCAGUUUUGGAACAAAGUGAAGUAGAGCAGAGGUGUCACGGAAUUUUCUUCCGCAGUCGGCCUCCCGGAGUCGUCCAACUCGCUUCUACACGCAUCGCCGCCGAGCAGCAGAGCGCGACGCCGCCGCCAGGGUGCCUCUCCCCGCCGCUCCUCCCCAGUCCGCCGCUCAUCUCCCGCAGCAGCGGAGUGGGGAUCCAUCGGUGCCGGGCGCGGAUUGGUUCCUCCAUGGUUCUUGUGUUGGGGUGUGAGAGAUGAAGUGUUAAUUUUAAACAGCAUCUAGAGGACUGCCUGGACUAAGCUUUUAAGUAAGUAUAGGAUGGGUGGCUGCUGUUGCUGUUCAUCAAGAAGAUCUGAAGCAGUUAGAGCACCAGUUGAUAUCUAUCGCCAACAAAAUCUCGAGGAGCAUGAGCCGUUGUCUUCAGCUUUUGAUGGAUCAUCUCCAGCCUCUGGAAUCAUUGCAGUAGACACAAAUCUGGAUACAUCCACUCCCGACACUUAUCGAGCACCACCUGCACCUUUGCCUUAUGAUGUUGUUUUGGCAGUUCCAGAUAACCUUGAUUUGGUGAAGUCAGACGUUAAGGGUAAAGUUCAUGAUCAGCAGGAGUCCUUCGAGGUGGAUGAGUCAUGUAAGAAAGGUGUCCUCAAAGAUAAGCCUGAUAAACCUGACGAGGAGGAUGUUUGCCCAAUCUGCCUUGAAGAAUAUGAUGAAGAAAAUCCUCGCUCUACAACCAAAUGUGAGCAUCAUUUCCAUCUUUGCUGCAUACUUGAAUGGAUGGAGCGAAGUGAUACUUGCCCAGUUUGUGACCAGAUAACCUUGGUAGAUGAGAUAUUUGAAUAGGCCUGGUGACCCUGGUGAAUCCUCUCUUGGAGCUCUUCUUAUUGAGGAGGUGCAGUCAGCAACUAACCCUACUCUUGAUAUUGAUCUGUUCUUGGUGGAGUCUCUCAUGGAAAUGAAUUCAUGAAAACAAUUGGGGAAAAAUUGCAAGGAGGAAUGACAUGAAAUGUAUUUGCAGUCUCGGUUAUGUGCCUUCUUUGUCAUGCUUUGGCUGUUCAUAACAACAGGUGUAUUAGGAAACUUCUUGGUUGAAAUAUAUAUGUGUGUGUGUGUAUGAUUGUAUGUAUGUCGCUGGUUCAUUCAGUUCAAAGUUAGAGUCCUGCCCAUUUAUUGUUGUGAAUUUGAACAUCUGUCCGUCCGUUCGUGCUUCGGUCAGCUGUGUAUAUUGAUCUGUUCUUGGUGACUGGUAAAAGUUAGGUAGGUGACAGGUAAAAGUUGUCCUAGAUGGGGUUUCCUUGGCACAAUCCAUUCUGUACAAGCUUCCUGUAUAUAAAUACAUCAUUCAUAGUU